AUGGGUGAUUUCAAUUCAGUGCUGCAUGCAGGUGAUAGAAUCCAUGGUAGCCAAGUUUCUGAUGCAGAAAUAAGAGAUUUUGAUGCUUGCAUUGAUGCAACAGGGCUGAUAGAGAACAAGAGUUAUGGAAAUUUCUUCUCCUGGAACAAUAAAGGGCAAGGUGAUUUGAGAAUACAUUCCAGAAUUGAUUGGGCCUUUGGGUGUGGUAACUGGCAUACUAGUUAUCCAGAUGUAUGUGUGGACUAUCUGAACCCAGGUUUAUCAGACCACUCCCCUCUUCUGCUGGAUUGUAAAGUGGUGAGACAAAGGGGAAGUAGACCAUUUAAGUUCUUCAAUUACAUGGCUGAGCACCCUAAGUUCCAUCAGAUUGUGCAAGAAGGAUGGGGAUCUAUUGUAAAUGGAACUGCUAUGUUUCAAGUGUGGCACAAACUGAAAGUCAUCAAGCAGGGUCUGAAAACUUUGCAUAGAGAAGAAUUUGCUAGGCUGGAGGAGAGAAUUGAUGGUAUUAGGAGGGAGCUGGAUGACACUCAAUCUCAAGCUCUCAAACAGAAAUCAAGAAUCCAGUGGUUGAAAACUGGUGAUUCAAAUACAAAGUUCUUCUUCACAGCAGUAAAGGAGAGAUAUGCUAGGAACAGUAUUGAUGUUCUUUAUGAUGCUAAUGGGAGGAAGCUUACCACUGCUGCAGAGAUUAAAGAUGAGAUCAAAACUUUCUAUCAUGGUCUUAUUGGUUCUGCUGCAGACACUUUGGAGGGUAUUGAUGUUACAGUUGUGAGACAAGGUAAACAACUUUCUGCAGCUUCAGCUCAAUCUUUAGUUCUUCCUGUCUCAACUGCUGAGAUUGAUAUGGCACUGAAAGGGAUUGGCAACAAUAAAGCUCCUGGUUUAGAUGGGUUUAACAGUUUCUUUUUCAAAGAAGCUUGGAGCAUCAUUAAAGAUGACAUUUAUGUGGCUGUUCAGGAUUUCUUCUCCACAGGGAAACUUCUGAAAUAA